AUGAUUCUGUUGCAAAUAAUCCUGCUUAUUGGAACAGCCCGUGCGUGCACUGCGUCUGGCACUCUUUGGUACUCAGUACUUGUGAAUGAAUGGAAGCUCUCCCCUGGCGCUGCUACAAGCCUUUCAACUAAAAGCAAGCUCAUGUGUGCCGUCCGGGCCACGCAGACUUCCUGGUGCAACCUGUUUUGCUACCGCGACCACAAGUGCCUGCUCUCCGACGUUGAAGUGACACAGGAUACCGACGAAGCGGGUCAAGGUGUAGUCUACGCUUGCUGGACGCGUUCCUUCUUAGAGGUCUCCACAACCAAAGGUAUAACUGCAACACCUAGAACAGUCUCUACAACCAAAAAAACUACAACCGACAUGGGUAUAACUACAACACCUGAAACAGUCUCAACAACCAAAAAAACUACAACCGUGGGUGCAACUACAACACCUGAAACAGUCUCUACAACCAAAAAACCUACAACCAUGGGUGUGACUACACCUAAAACAGUCUCUACAACCAAAAUACUUACAAUCAUGGAAAUAACUACACCUAAAACAACCUCUACAACCAUCCAUACAACCACUACUACAGGCAAGAUAUCAACUCCAACAUCAACAGCAAAAACAACUGGAACUUCUGCAAAACCUACUCCAUCAACACCUACCAAAGCAACUACAACUACACCUUCCAGUUCCCCAUAA